AUGAUUACCACAUCCCUCCUCUUCAGCCUGCUGCUGAACAUUACGAGCAGCAUCGGUGUCAUCAUCGUCAACAAAAAGCUCGUGUUCAUGGAGGCCGGAUUUCGGUUUAGCACGGUGCUAACCAUCAUCCACUUCAUCAUGACCUUUGCGGGCUGUGUCUUUUUCGCCUACGGUCUGAGGCUCUUUACACCCAGGAGGCUCUCCAUCCGCCAGGUCCUGCCCAUUAGCUGCGCCUUUUGCGGGUACGUCGUCUUCAACAACUUAUCUCUCCUGACAAACUCCGUCAGUGUGUACCAGGUGUUGAAGAUUCUGUGCACGCCGAUCAUCGUCGGCAUCGAGCGCAUCUACUACGGUAAGCGGGAGAAGGCGAGCACGUUGCUGUCCCUUAUCCCGGUAUGCCUCGGCGUCGGCGUCACCUUCUACUCCGAUUCCGACGUGAACUUUGUUGGCACCAUGUGGGCGGGCCUCGCGAUUAUUGCGAACUCGCUCUACACGAUUUGGGGCAAGACGAAGCAGCAAGAGCUCAACGCGCAGCCGAUGCAGCUGCUUAUCUACCAGGCACCCAUCAGCGCCGCCAUGCUGCUCUUCGCGGCCGUUCCAUUAGACGGGUACGAUAACCUAGCUGCCUACUCCGUGAGCUUCACCACUGUCUGGACGGUGCUGCUGUCCUGCGUGUUCGCUUUCGGUGUCAACUUCUCCUUCUUUCUCUUUGUAGGCAAGACGUCGCCGCUCACGGUGAACGUCGUCGGCUACUUGAAGACGUCGCUUGUGUUUUUUCUUGACUUCAUCUUUGUCUCCGCCGAUGUGUCGCCGCAGAAAGUGGUCGGCAUCUUUCUUACGUUGGUGGGCCUGGCCGGGUAUUCGUAUACAAAGAUGGACCCUCCCACCCCGCGCAGCCCUACGACUCGAACAGAAUCGCGGCCCAUCUCUCCGACUUCAAACAUCAGCCGUCACGAGGUGCGUGUAAUUGCCGUGUAG